GAGAUGGAAAGAGAGAAAAAGAGGAAAGAAGAAGAGGAAAGAAAGAAAAGAGAAGAGGAAGCAGAGAGGAAGCUGAAGGUAGAGAUGGAGGCUAAGAGGAAACGUGAAGAGGAGGAGCAGAAGAAGAAAGCUGAAGCAGACCGUUUGGAACGAGAGAAGAUGAAGACCUUACUGGCCAAGGAGGCAAAUGAGAACAAAGAAAGACAACAACAGCUGGAACAGGAGCACAGAGACAGAGAACUGGCUUUGCGUCUUGCUAUGGAGGACCAGAAUGCUGUGGAGGAUGUGGUGGUACCCCCGCUACAGAGCACUACAAAAGAAAGGUAUAUGGAAUCACCACCAUUUUCUUCUUACUUUUCUGAAUGCCACAGAAUUUUGGAUUUACGAUUGCCAAUAUCCUGCUUUUCUAGCUUCUAGAUCUAACGAAGCUUG